AUGACGUCAUACCAAUACUCCGGUCUUUCAACUUGUACUUCCAUCAGAGUGCUAGCCGUCUCAGGCACCCAAGACGCGCCGUCAUAUAAGAUAGAGGAAGUGGAUCUCACAGAGAAGCCGCGAUUUGAAGCACUGUCAUACACAUGGAGCGACUACGAUAACGAGGAACUUGAACCCAUUAACAGGAAUACUAACACUUAUGCGACCAUCACUAUAGCCGGUGCUGGGUCUCUUAAAAUCACGCUACACCUCGUGCAUAUCCUGAAUCAUAUUCAUGAAUUACUAGUACAAACCAAAUCGAGCGGAAGAAUAUGGAUCGAUCAGAUCGCUGUGAACCAAUGCGAUCUGAACGAGCGGAGUCACCAGGUUUCUCUUAUGCAACAAGUCUACGGACAGGCGGAGCGUACGCUAAUGUGGAUUGGUAUGUCUGUUAAGCAUACGCCGGUGCUACUUGAUUUGAUACAAAAUCUACGCGAUCUACCGCUUGAUGUUGACUGGGAUCACCCUAUGCUCAAGAUAUUAGAGAGCAGACUGCUUGCUAUCUUUCGUCAAGAAGAUGAGCUACAUUACUCCUACACAAAAGCGCAAUACACCAGUGCUCUUGAUUGGGUCCUCGGUCUUCCGUACUUCAAGCGAGCUUGGAUUGUCCAAGAGAUUGUUUUGUCAACUCAGCCUACGCUGCUUUUCGGAUCGACAUCAUAUGAUCUAUACAUACUCCACCAUAUGAUCUUCCUUAUCAGGUAUUCCGCAGACUCGUGCAUUCGAGACAUCUACUCACUCUUAACACAUCCCAUUGGAGUCGAUCGCUUUUUAAGCAUCGAUACAGCACGUAGGUGGCUACAGGGCGAUCCUAAACAGAAUGCUUUAUACGGCGAUUUCUUAGAUGUACUAUUCUGGCUCUCGUCUUCACGCGAGGCAAGCGACCCAAGGGACUCCAUCUAUGCAUUUUUGGCUUUACAAAAGGAUCACUCUGGCUCACGUGCUGUUGCGGACUACAAUCUAUCUACCUCACAGGCAUAUCGGAAAUUUUGCGUAAAAAUAGCAAGGGAAACCGGCUCCCUCGCGUUUCUAGGGCUUGUACGUGGUAGUGCGGACAACAGGAUACCUUCCUGGGCGAUAGACUGGCGGAUGUGCGUCUCUUCUGCGAAAGACAGAUGGCAAGGUUACAGGAUAGGCGACACGCAACAAUACCCGUACGCCGCCGCCAAAGGACGAUUAUACCAAGCGGCUGGAAUGACACAAGAAGGCGAUAUGCGCUUGGUCGUUCGAGGGCGUCUUAUUGACGAAGUCCAGUUCGUGUCAUGUGUUACGCGUAAAGAGAUUGCAACCAGCGGGUUAGAGAAUGUGCGAUUGUCCGAGGAGAUUUCCAAUAUAAGAACAUCAAUGCCUACAGUGGAUGUCGACACCUCCGCCAACGCACAAAUUGUUAAAGAACGUGUUUUCAUCACACUCUUUGGUCUUGAUCCAGACGAACAGCGUCUUGAAGGGCCACUACAACAUACUACGGAAGAGUUGAUUUCAAUGUACGAACGCUUCAUUGAUACACAUACAGCCGACGACGUUGGUGAAGAAGUCUACAAACAGCGAUUCUCUCAUACGAACCUGAGACUUAUGCACAAGCGACUUCUUCUCGGCCGCAAGCAGCUGUUUGGGCUUGGGCCGGAUGCCAUCCUGCCAGGCGAUUGCAUAUGCAUUCUUCAUGGCUCUACGGUCCCUUUAAUAUUAAGACGAUGCGAAAAUGCAAAAGAGUACACAGUCGUGGGACAGUGUUACUAUGAAAGCUGGAUGUAUGGCGAGAAAGUCGAUUGGGAGGAAGACGAGGCUGAUGAAUUCGUGUUGAUAUGA